AUGUUCGUGGUGUCGAACGCGGGUGGCCAGGUGGUGGUAAUCGCGGCUGGCGAGGCAGUGGUAAUCGCGGCUGGCGAGGCGGUGGCAAUCGUGGGUGGCGAGGCAGUGGAAAUCGUGGCUUGCGAAGCAGUAGUAAUCGCGACUUGUGAAGCGGCCGUAAUCGCGACUGGUGAGGCAAUUAUGCCAAUCGCGAUGCCGCUGGUGGUGGCGACAGUGGGCGAAAAAGUGGAGACAGCGUGUGAAAAAAUGGUGAUAGUGGGCGAAAAAGUGACGGUAGUGUCGAAACUUGCCUGA